GAGAGAGGUUGUUGAAAAGUUUAAUUUAUCCCUCAGAAGUAUUAUUAUUAAACUACAUUAGCUUCCAUCCUGAGGUAAGUUAGAACUUGUGAGCUUAGUUUUUAGUUACCAUGAGGUUGCAGUUGCAAACGGAGAGCUUACUACAUUUAAACAUGCUUAAUUAACUUUGGUUAAUCAGCCAGUUAACAGUAAAUCUAUUAACCAGCUGAAACAUAACUUAGGAUGAACUGAAGAGAUGAAGACCCUGUCCUUCUACUAGAAAUGUGCUGGGUGGUCCAUUGUGCAACAAGAUCACAGCACAUCUCAAUUCUCACAAAGAUGGUUUUUUGUUUUUUUGUUGUUUUUCUUCUUCUUCUUCUUCUUCUUCUUCUUCUUCUAUGUCCUCACAAGUUCGUUCUUUCAAGGUAGCCUGGCAAGACCCGGUCUUCACGAGAAUGCAAGUCCGUUCUUAGUACUGAGAAACAGCCUGUAUUUAUACGUCUAUGGCCCUGACUACAACUGAGGAGCAUUCCAUCUUUAAUCUUACCAGCUGUCGCUCACCGUCAGUCUGACGUCACGGCGAGUCUGUCUGACGCCGCCUUUCCUCCCGCAUCACAGCAUUUUCCGCUCGGGCAGAGCUCUGUCAGAUUGCUGUCAUUGCAGGAUUCAGUAAAUGUCGUGGUUGAAACGUCAAGGGUUUUGAACAUUGUGCAUUGAAAGUCAAGUGCAGCGUAGCACAACUGCGAGACUGUUUCUGUACUGAAGUAACGCUACCGCUGACUCGCGGGGAUAUGGCCAGGUCAGAGCAGAUCCUGCUUCUGGAGCCUCAACACGAGUUGAAAUUCCGAGGUCCAUUUACAGAUGUGGUGACUACGACUCUAAAGCUUGCUAACCCCACAGAUAGAAAUGUGUGCUUUAAAGUGAAAACAACUGCACCACGUCGCUACUGUGUGCGUCCAAACAGUGGAGUGAUUGAAGCUGGAACCUCAGUUAAUGUCUCUGUUAUGCUGCAGCCGUUUGACUAUGACCCCAACGAGAAGAGCAAACACAAAUUUAUGGUGCAGUCUUUAAUGGCCCCACCUGAUAUGACUGACAUGGAGGGCCUGUGGAAGGAGGCCAAACCAGAGGAACUGAUGGACUCUAAGCUGCGAUGCGUCUUUGAAAUGCCAAAUGAGAAUGAGAAAACGCAUGACAUGGACACCAGUAAGAUGAUUUCCUCUAGUUUUUUAAAAUCGGAUUCAUCCACAUUGUCCAUGAAGUUGGGGUCCAGUCUGGAUGAUGGAGAGGUGAAGAGGAUUAUGGAAGAGUGCAGAAGACUUCAGGUGGAGGUGCAGCGACUAAGAGAAGAAAACAAACAGAUUAGGCAGGAAGAUGAUUGUCUGCGUAUGAGGAAGAACACAGUUAUGGCAACUCAGCAUUCCGCACCUUCAUCUGUCAAAUUGAAGGAGGAGGGCUUGAGCAUCAGGGUCAUUGCUGCAAUUGUGUUGUUCUUUGUCAUUGGUGUCACUGUAGGGAAGUUACUUCUGUAAAGAUAAGGAAGAGAUUAGCCACAGCAUGCAUUGUGAAUGAAACAAACUUAAACAAAAUGUAUUGGAUACUGAAUAUCCAGCUGCAAUGCCAUAUCAUUUGAGUAGUGCUGGGUCACUGAAUUAUGUAACA